AUGACCCACUUGGAACGCAUUGAUGGAUUGGCGUCAAGAUUGAAAAAUGACGACGAUUGCGCAAACUCCUUGUCGACAGUAUCGGAAAUAUGCGACAUCGUCGAGCCCAUAGGCUCUUCAACAGACUACGAACAAUUUUUGAAAGCGGUUAUGCCAAUCUUGCUGGAGCGCUUGGAAUCCACGCCCAUUUCACUGGACGGUGGUUCUCCGAUGCAUAAACUCAGAAAUUCGAUUUUAGAAGUUUUGAACAGAUGUAACAUGAAUGAAGUAUUCGAACCGUAUGCAUUGGAUAAUUUAACAGGCAUGCUUGCGGUCUUGCAAGAAGACAACGAGGAAAACGGAGUUUUGGCAAUGAGAAUAAUUACUGGCUACUUCAAAGCAUACAAACCAGCCCUUCAAGAUCGCGUCACUGCUUUUAUUGACGUGAUAAUGAAUAUAUAUAAACAUAUGCCAGAGCUCGUGCGCCAGACUUUUAAUGAUGAGCUGCACAGAGAUGAGUCGGUGGCAUCCAUGGACUCUACGAACAAUACUCUUGAUGAAAGGGCUUUAGAUGCCAACGAAGAAGACAAUCGCGCCAGCGAGAGUUUGACAGCUGUCUAUAAACCACUCAAGCAAUCCAUGUUCUCAUUUAAAGUGCUAUCGGAAUGCCCAAUCACCAUGGUUACGUUAUACUCGUCUUACAAGCAACUUACAACGGCAUCCCUCCCGCAAUUCAUGCCCCUAAUAAUCGAGCUUCUCACUAUGGAAGCGGACGCUCAGAAGAGGACGCGUGAAGAGGCCGAGUCGCGCGGUGAUAGAUGGAUUAACGUCAGUCCUGAGAUCAAAAACCGUGUUGCUUAUUGUGAUUUCAUUCUAUCCCAAAUAAAAGCGACAUCGUUUCUCGCUUAUGUUUUCAUCCGUGGCUACGCUGCGGAAUAUUUGCAAAACUACGUUGGGUUUGUGCCCGACUUGAUUCUAAGACUACUACAAGAUUGCCCGGCUGAAUUAUCUGCUGCCAGGAAAGAGUUGCUGCACGCUACAAGGCAUAUUUUGUCUACGAACUACAAAAAGUUGUUCCUGUCAAAGAUCAAUCUUCUGUUCGACGAAAGAGUUCUUAUAGGUAACGGGUUUACGGCUCACGAAACACUGCGGCCUUUGGCUUACAGUACAGUCGCCGAUUUUGUGCAUAAUGUGAGGGGUGAUUUACAACUGGACGACAUCGAAAAAACAAUUAAAAUGUACACUAAUUUCCUUUUGGAUGAAAGUUUGGCUUUGACUGUCCAAAUAAUGAGCGCUAAACUGUUACUGAAUCUAGUGGAACGGAUUUUGAAGCUAGGAAAAGAAAACCCAAAUGAUUCAGUAAGAUCAAAAAAACUGCUAAUAGUAAUCAUAGAUGCCUAUACGGUGCGUUUUAGAAAUCUUAAUCGCCAAUAUGAUAACUUAAUGCAGCAUCACGAAGAAUAUGAGAGAGAAAAGCUAUCGAAAACGGAGUCUUUUAGAGAAGAGUUGGAGAAGAGCAACAAGGAUACUGAAAGCUUCAUCGAUUCGAUGCUAAAGGUCAAGCAACAACCUGCAGAGAACAAAGACUCUGAGGGCGAUGUGAAGAUGGAAAAUGCAAUGGAGGAUGAACCUGAAUUUAAGAUAUCCAGGGUCAAGGGUGAAACUGAUGAUCGAGUCUCAAUGGAAGACAACAUUGACGUUUUUGAUAUCAAGUUCAAAAGCCCGAUUUUACUGUCUCCCCCACCAAACAGCGAUCCCUUGAAAGACGCUUUUUACCUAUACCGAACACUAAUGUCCUUUUUAAAAACAAUUAUUCACGAUUUGAAGGUGUUUAAUCCUCCAUCAACUGAAUACACAACAAUGAAUCCCAAGGUCUGGACCUCACUUUCGAGAAUUUUUUCUCAUGAAGAGGUUAUAGUGUUCAAAAACUUAUUUCAUGAGUGCAUACUUGGAUUACAGUUUUUUUCCAGUCCUGAACGUAAGGCAAUCGUCGAGAAGAAGCAUUUCGAUAUUGCCGCUCCUAGUCUGCCGGUGUCUGCCACUAAAGAUGGCCGAGAGCUGAUGGAUUAUUUUGCAAUUAUGUUUAUGCAAAUCGACAGCCCUACGUUUAAUGACAUUGUCGAGUCCAAAAUAGACUUUCUCUACGAAGCGAUGUUACGGGACUCAGCUCUAUUACACGUGGCUCAAUCGUUUCUUACAAGUGAAAUAACAUCUCCUAAAUUUACCGGAAUCUUGCUUAGAUUUCUAAAACAAAAAUUCAGUUCCCUCGGAAAUGUUGAUGGCAACAAGUCCAACAUUCUUAUUCGUCUUUUCAAGCUGUCUUUCAUGUCAGUAAACCUCUUUCCUAUCACAAACGAAAUUGUCCUGCUUCCUCAUCUGAAUAAACUUAUUUUGGAUUCUCUGAAAUACUCAACUACGGCAGAGGAACCUUUGGUUUAUCUUUACUUAAUCAGGACGCUGUUCAGAAGCAUUGGUGGUGGAAGAUUUGAGAAUUUGUAUCGAUCGAUUAAGCCUAUUCUACAAGUUCUCCUUCAGUCACUUAAUCGAAUGAUUUUAACCGCGCGCCGUCCACACGAGAGAGAUCUCUAUGUCGAACUAUGCCUGACUGUACCAGUCCGCCUUAGUGUGCUCGCCCCAUAUUUGAGCUAUCUAAUGAAGCCACUAGUGUACGCUUUACAAGGAUUUCCCGAACUGGUUACUCAAGGGCUUCGAACUCUAGAGCUUUGCAUAGACAAUUUAACCGCUGAGUAUUUUGAUCCGAUUAUUGAACCUGUUGUCGAGGAUGUAAUUCGCUCGCUAUUCAAACUCUUGAAACCGCAGCCAUUUAAUCACCAAAUCAGUCAUACUGCUGUUAGAAUUUUGGGGAAGCUCGGUGGUAGAAAUAGAAGAUUUUUGAAACAGCACUCAGAUCUGAGGAUUGCUGCAGAGUUAGAUACCCCAGUCAAUGCGCUUUUCAAGAUUCAAGGCAUUAAUGAAGAAGUUCCACUCUCUAUCACUCCUGGUGUUCGCUCAGCGUUGGAGAUUCUUGAAGAUUAUCGCUCAGAUUUGUUUUACAAGAAAAGUGCUUUCAAUUACCUAAAAUCGAUUUUACAGCUUUUUCUUAAGUCGUCACUCAUAUUUCCUGACAAUUAUGAUAAGUGGAUAAAAAGUGCUCUACAUGUCCUGGCAGAAGAAAACGUUUCUGCCAUUGAUUCUACAGAUGUUGGUGAGGGGAAAAUAAAAGAUCGGCGUCUUCUACAAAGCCAAGAACUACUUCUGAUGAAACUUCUCGAAUCAUUGAUUUUUUCUGCAUCAAUCGAAGAUCUGCGAGAAGACGCAGAGAGCAUUCUCAAAAACGUAAUAAAUCACUUUUGCUUUUUACAACUGAACAAUUCGCUGCGCAGGAAACGAGGAGAGACCUCAGGUUUCAGUGUCAAUGUCAAACUUUUUAAGGUCACAAUUGAUGUCGAUAUUAUUUUGGACGCUAUUUUGACAGGACUUGGUUCUUAUUUGGAGGAAUCUAGACGGAUGGCGGUAGCGGCUGUUAAACAAAUUUUUGACACGAGCAAUAGAAUAUAUGGUGCGGAGCUGGCUCUAAAGUACUCUUUCAUUUCGACUCUCACUAAGAAAUUUAUUCAUAAAUGCUAUGAUGAAGCAUAUUUCGAAAAGAGUAGUGGGGUACUAGGUAUCAAGACAUUGGUAGAAGAGCACAGGAUACCCGUUGAAUAUCUCAAAGAAUGCCAAUUUGACCUCAUUGCAGGCCUGCUGUUUGUGUUAAUAGAUACACCCAUGGAGGCCCCAGGUGUUAUUCGUGAACGUGCUGAAAAAUUGAUAACCAGCAUUUUAGCAAGCACAUGCAAAAACAUACGAGAAGAAGAUCUUCAUGAAAAAGGUUUACAGAACACCUUGAUCGACAUUGUGUGUGAGUUGAGUAAUGCUAAGGAGGUUGUAAGAAGCGCUUGCCAAAAUGCUCUUGCUACAAUAUCAGAGGUCUCGGAUAUUCCCAUUGUGAAGUUGAUGGAACAUUCGAAGAGCUUUUUGCUGUCACCUAUUUUUGCGAAACCUUUGAGGGCACUGCCUUUUCCAAUGCAAAUAGGUAAUGUGGACGCCAUAAUCUACUGUCUGCAACUGCCUAACACAUUCUUGGAAUUUAAUGAAGAGCUUUAUAGGCUGCUUCAUGAAGCAAUCGCCUUAGUUGACGCCGAGGACGAGUCCCUUGCUAGCGCACAACGAGUAACUGAAUAUCAAACAGCAGAGCAACUUGUGCAGUUACGAGUUGUGUGCAUCAAGCUCCUGUCGCUUGCUUUAAAGAAUGGCGACUUUGCCUCUGCUCAACAAGGAGCUACGCGCAUAAGAGUUCUGGCGGUUUUUUUCAAAACGAUGCUGAAAACUUCACCUGAAAUCAUUGAGGCAACUUACCAAGGUCUGAAAAGCGUUCUAGCAGAGAACUCUAAGUUACCCAAAGAACUCUUGCAGAAUGGCCUUAAACCCAUGUUGAUGAAUCUUUCUGAUCACCAAAAACUAACGGUUUCUGGUCUCGAAGCCUUAGCUAAACUCUUGGAGUUACUAAUUGCUUAUUUUAAAGUCGAAAUUGGAAAAAAGCUCCUAGAUCACUUGGACGCGUGGUGCAGAGUAGAGGUGCUGGACAUGAUUUUCGGGAAAGAUCUCAAGGAACAAACACCAACAAAGAUAAUCUACGGAAUUAUCAACAUUUUCCAUCUUUUGCCCCCCCAGGCAGAUAUCUUUCUAAAUGACCUUCUAUUGAAAGUCAUGUUAGUUGAAAAGAAAUUGAGGCUGCAACUUGAUUCUCCUUUUCGGGAGCCAAUGGCCAAAUAUUUGAACAGAUUCCACUCUUCUGUUAUUGCCUACUUCAAUAACAAUUUGGGAUCCAGAGAUUUGGUGUUACUGAUGUGUUCCAUCAUCAAAAGAAAGGAGGCCGUAGAUCUCAAGAAUGACUUUAAGCAAGAAUUUCACAACUUUUGCGAUUAUUACAUGACAGGAAUCUCCUCCAACAAAGUCAGGGUUGUCAGUUUUUUCGCGAACGUAGUCGAUAUCUUUGACUCGCUAGUCCACGUCGAGAGCGACGAUUGGUUGGCUGAUAGUGGCCCGACACUGAUAAAGGUUAGAGGUAUGCUCAAACUAGCAGUUGAUACAGUUGAUGAGGGCGAUUUUCACUUUGACUCUCUCCAGCUAUCUCAAGCUUCCGACAAAAUCCAAACGCUAUAUGCCAAAUUCCUGGAGUUGAACGUAAAUGAUCCAACGUUGUUAUUUGAAUACCUAGAGUUUGCCUUUACAGCGAAGAUAAACCUGUCACAGUCUAUACUUGCUUUUAUUGAGAAAUGUGUGAUAACAACAGAUGACGUCGAAAAUAAAAAAAUCUUCCUUCAACAAGCACUGCUAUUUUGCACAAGAGACAAGCCUUUAGCGGCAAGUGUUUUUGUUUUGAAGCACGUUAUUAAUAGCACACUAGUCUACGAGGGCUCGUCUAAGGGUUCCCUGAAAAGACUUACUGGAACAGAGGAGCAUGGGCUUCCUGAAUGGCUGAACUUGAUGUAUGCUAAAAUUUGGAAAGGGUCCAACGAAGUUUUGGAAAGCUAUGCCGCUGGUGAAUACGAUGCGUUUAGGUUUGAGCUCCUUCAAUUGUCAUCAAUUUUUACCGAGUACGACCCAGACCUAAAUCCCGACAUCAGAAAAGAUAUAAUUCGAUUUUGUUGGAAUUUCAUAAAGCUUGAGGAUCCUCUAUUGAAGCAAGGUGCCUAUAUGGUCACAGCUUAUUUCAUAGCAAAAUACGAAUUCCCCGUUAAGAUCGUCACCCAGGUGUUUGUUGCGCUCCUUAGAACGACCCAAAUCGAAUCUCGUUAUAUGGUCAAACACUCACUUGACCUGCUUGCUCCUGUAAUGCAUGACCGAAUGGCUUCUGCUGAAGCGCCCAAUUCUUGGAUCAAUUGGGUCAGAAGAGUACUUUCUGAGAACAACGCAAGUCAGAACGGCACGCUAUACCAGCUUUUAAUCAGCCACCCUCACGUAUUUUUUGAUUCCCGUGAUUUAUUCAUCCCCAGUAUUAUAAACUACAUCGGAAAAUUGACACUGUUAGCUAAUCCAAGCAUAGAAAACCAAUCUUUGGCAAUUGACCUAGCCGACCUUAUUUUAACGUGGGAAAAGAAGGCCAGAAACCCAAAGCCUAGCGACGCUAGUGUGAAAGAGGACAUAGAGGAAAUCGAUGAAACUGAGAGACAGAACAUCACAACCGCUCAAAAAGAAGCGUUUGUUACAUGUCUUAUAAGAUACGUUUGCGUCAGUAAUCACCGCGCUUCCGAGACAGAAUUAGGAUCAAGGUCGCUUAAAAUUUUGUCUGAGAUACCAUCUGAGAGGUCAUGGCCUGAAGUGAACAUUAAACUCAGCUACUUCGAAAAAUUUUUGGUCCAACAAGACUUGUCUUCAUCGAACAUCUCCUUCUAUUGUAUGAAUGCGUUAGAUGUGCUUGGAAUAAUCCUCCGCAACAAAAGUCCCUCUUGGAUCAUUGCAAACCUCACCGUUCUUCAGGGACUUUUAGACAAGUGUUUGCGGACGGACCAUCAUGAUAUACAGGAUGUCUUACAGAAGGUAUUAGGAAUUAUACUGGCUUCUAUCAAGUCCGAAGAAGACCUCGCCAUGGAAAGCGAUGUUGAGACGCCUAGUAAACAAAUGCUCAACACUUUGAGCUCCAUUAUAACAGAAGAUCUCCAAGGAACAUCAUCUGUAGCAGCUGGUGUUAUGCUGGCAUGGACUCUAUUCAUGUACUUUCCUCAAUACAUUGACCCUCUUUUGCCAUCCAUAAUGAAGACAUUCAGCAAGUUGUGCAAGGAUCAUCUUGCAACAUCUCAGCCCAAAGAUCCUGCUACGUUGGAGGAAGCCAGGAUCACCACAAAGCUCUUAGAGAAGGUUUUGUAUCUUUUGUCAAUGAAAGUAGCUUCCCUAGGGGAUGCACGCAGGCCCUUUCUGUCAACUGUUGCUCUACUGAUAGAUCGUUCAAUGAACCAGCAAUUCUUGAAAAAAGUUAUCACAAUUGCUAGAACUUGGGUUUUCACUAACGAGAUCUUUCCCACCGUCAAAGAGAAAGCUGCCAUAUUGACUAAAAUGCUUGCUUUCGAGGUGAGAGGGGAACCUAAACUUUCGAGGCAGUUUUACGAGAUCAUUCUUGAACUUUUCGAAAACAAAAACUUCAAUAACAGUGAAAUCACGGUCAGAAUGGAACAACCGUUCUUAGUCGGAACCCGCGUAGAAGAUAUCUACAUUCGGAAAAGACUGAUGUCAAUUCUAGAUGACAGUCUGGAACGAGACAUAAGAGAGAGAUUGUAUUACGUCAUUCGAGACCAAAAUUGGGAAUUUAUUGCCGAUUAUCCAUGGUUAAAUCAAGCUCUACAGCUUCUAUAUGGUGCUUUCGACAAAGAAUACUCUCUUAAAUUAUGUGACGCAUAUCAGCUUGACUCUUUAGAAGCGAUUGUGGACGAUUUAACUAUUGAAGGCAUUGAUGAAUAUCAGGAAAGCUCAUUGACAGGUCUCAUUGAGCAGCAUAAGGAAUUUGCCAAGCACUUCGGGCAUAUUUCCUGCAACGAUAUACUUGAGCCUCUUGUUGAUAUUUUCUAUCAGAGCCCGCAAGCUAUCCACUCAACCUGGAUCAAUGUGUUUGGGGCGGCCUACAGGUCAAUUCCUAAAAACGAGAAAUUUGGUUUUGUUCGUUCAUUAGUGACUUUGCUAUCGAAGGACUAUCAUGCAAGACAAUUGAAUGUCAGGUCGAAUGUCGUUAGCACCUUAUUGGAUUCGAUAAGUGAGAUUGAUUCUCUCGAGUUGCCUCCUCAUCUAAUCAAAUACGUCGCCAGCUCUUACAAUUCAUGGUACCAAUCGAUAAAAAUUUUGGAGUCAUUGGAGGAAAGAGCGACGCUUGAAAACGCUAACAUUAUAGAAACAAACGAAGAUGCCUUGCUCGAACUGUAUGUCAACCUACAAGAGGAGGACAUGUUCUAUGGCCUCUGGAGACGUCGAGCGAAGUACACCGAAACUAGUAUUGCCCUCUCCUUUGAACAAUUAGGCAUAUGGGACAAAGCUCAACAGCUUUACGAAGCUGCACAGGUCAAAGCAAGGAGUGGUGCUCUGCCUUACUCUGACUCCGAGUAUUCUGCUUGGGAGGACAACUGGAUCAUGUGUGCUGAGAAAUUACAGCAUUGGGAUGUUUUAACUGAGCUAGCAAAACACGAAGGAUUCACUGACUUACUUUUGGAGUGCGGCUGGAGAGUUGCUGAUUGGAGCGCAGACCGCGAGGCUCUAGAACAGUCUGUGAAGAGUGUCAUGGACGUUCCUACACCCAGAAGACAGAUCUUCGAAACAUUUUUAGCGCUGCAAAACUUUGCCGAAACUAAAAAGGGGGAUCAAGAAGUAAGAAGACUCUGUGAUGAGGGUAUCCAGUUAUCAUUGCAUAAAUGGGCCUCAAUGCCUGAACGUUUUACACCAGCUCACAAGUUUUUGUUGCAUGGAUUCCAACAAUAUAUGGAGUUUCUCGAAGCGACUCAGGUUUACGCAAAUCUUGCAUCUACAACGGUACAGAAUCUGGAUACCAAGGCACAGGAAGUCAAACGUGUUUUGCAGACAUGGAGAGACCGUCUUCCCAAUAUUUGGGAUGAUAUCAACAUGUGGAAUGAUUUAAUAACGUGGCGUCAGCAUGCCUUCCAAGUAAUCAAUAAUGCUUAUUUACCGUUGGUUCCAGCCUUGCAACAAGCAAGUGGGAACAAUAACGUAAAUACACACGCGUACCGGGGUUAUCACGAAAUUGCGUGGGUCAUCAACAGGUUUGCCCAUGUUGCGAGAAAGCACAACAUGCCAGACGUUUGCAUCAGCCAAUUGGCACGUAUUUAUACUUUACCGAACAUUGAAAUUCAGGAGGCUUUCUUAAAGUUGAGAGAGCAGGCAAAAUGUCAUUACCAAAACAUGAAUGAGCUAACAACAGGUUUGGAUGUUAUUAGUAACACGAACUUAGUUUACUUCGGAACAGUUCAAAAAGCAGAAUUUUUCACCCUGAAAGGGAUGUUCCUUUCCAAAUUGCGGGCUCACGAUGAAGCCAACCAAGCGUUUGCCACCGCAGUGCAAAUUGAUUUAAAUUUGGCUAAAGCCUGGGCCCAGUGGGGGUUUUUCAACGACCGUAGGCUUUCAGAAGAGCCUCAAAAUAUUAGCUUCGCUAAUAACGCGAUCAGCUGUUAUCUGCAAGCUGCCGGACUCUACAAUAAUUCGAAGACGAGAAAACUACUUUGCAGGAUUCUCUGGCUCAUCGGGAUAGAUGAUAGCACUGGGACGCUAGCAAGUGCUUUCGAAUCGUUUAGAGGAGAGAUUCCAGUUUGGUACUGGAUCACUUUCAUUCCACAAUUGCUAACUUCCCUAUCUCAUAAAGAGGCGAAUAUGGUCCGUCAAAUUUUGAUAAGGAUUGCAAAAAGCUAUCCUCAAGCCUUACACUUCCAGCUAAGAACUACUAAGGAAGACUUUUCUGUGAUCCAACGCCAGACAAUGGUCGCAAUGAAUAACGCCCGACCACCUAAUAGCAAGGCACCAACUUCUACAAAUGGUACUCGCCAACCCUGGGAGUACCUCGACGAAUUGAACGGUAUAUUAAAAACCGCUUACCCGUUGUUAGCGCUUUCGUUAGAGUCCCUAGUGGACCAGAUCAACCAGAAGUUCAAGACUACAUCAGACGAAGAUCUCUUCAGAUUAAUCAACGUUUUACUCAUUGACGGAACUUAUAACUUCAACCGUUUGCCCUUACCUAGGGAAAACUUAUUGUUGCCCGCUAGCACCGAAACUAACCUAGUUCGGUUUUCAGAGAACUUGCUACCCCCUCAUAUCAGAGUCAAAUUCAAUGCUGAUUUCAUCGACAGCAAGCCUAACUUUGAAGAAUACAUCAAGAGAUUGAGGUAUUGGAGGAAUCGUUUAGAGAAUAAGCUCGAUCGGGCUCCGAAAGUAGAAAAUAUGGAAAAAUGGUGUCCCCAUCUAAGCAACUUUCAUCAUCAGAAAUUUGAAGAUAUCGAGAUUCCUGGCCAAUAUCUUCUCAACAAGGAUAGCAACGCCCAUUUCGUUAAAAUAGCUCGUUUCUUGCCUCAUGUGGAUUUCGUUCGUGGGACUCACUCGUCGUAUAGGCGCUUGACCAUAAGAGGUCACGACGGUAGUCUCCACUCUUUCGCUGUCCAGUACCCAGCGGUGCGCCAUUCACGUCGGGAAGAGAGAAUGUUUCAGCUGUUCCGGCUGUUCAAUGAGACUCUUUCCAAGAAUGUUCAAACCCGUCGCAGGAACAUUCAGUUUUCACUUCCGAUAGCAGUUCCACUUUCGCCACAAGUUCGCAUCAUGAAUGACAGUUCCACAAUUACUACUAUGCAUAAUCUCUAUGAUAAUUAUUGUGAUAAAAACGAGAUGGAUAGAGGAGCAAUUCAAGAUUUUGUUUGCCAGCAGCUAGAUGCAGCAUAUGAUAAAAUUCUCCCCCCACCUGACAUAACUGCCGUUAAAGUUGAGAUUUUCAGUUCCGUGCAGUCAAUGUAUUUGCCAACGACGGUGAUGAAAGACUAUUUCACUGAUCUCUUCACUCAAUUUGAAGAUUUCUGGUUAUUCCGCAAACAGUUUUCGUCUCAAUAUGCUCUUUUCAUUUUCAUGACAUACAUGCUAGCAAUCAACAACCGCUCACCUCACAAAAUAUCAAUUGACCAAGUAUCUGGUGACGUUUUCACCUUGGAAAUGUUGCCGGCAAGAUAUCCAUAUGAAAGAGUAAAACAAACGGCCAAAAACUUCGAAGCCAAUAUCCCACCUGACUCGCCAGUAUUCCACAAUAAUGAAGCUGUUCCUUUCCGUCUAACACCUAAUAUUCAAAAACUUAUAGGAGACUCUGCUCUCGAAGGCAUAUUAUCAGUCAAUGUUUUCGCUGUUGCUCGAGCCCUACUUGAACCCGAUAACGAGCUGAAUACAUAUCUCUCCUUGUUCAUCCGUGACGAAGUUAUUUCGUGGUACAGCAACUUGCAUCGCUCUAUUGUCGGGGAUCCUCAGUUACGCGAAAUCGUGCGCACGAAUGUAGAUCUCAUCACGAGAAAAACGGCGCAACUGGGACAUUUGAGCUCGAAGCCCUCUGUUGCUACUCAGUACGUCUUGGAUGCCAUAAGUGCUGCAGUGAGUCCUAGGAAUCUGGCUAAAAUGGAUCAAAGCUUCAUGCCAUAUUUUUAG